AUGGAUAUAACUAACAGACAUUUAAACAUGGCGGCCCAGUGAAACUCUCCAGCCACACGCUGGCCAAAUGCGAGCUAAUUCUUUCUGUGUCCCUGUCUAGUCUUUUUCUCAAGUAGGAAAGAGAGACAGAACAUAUCUGAAUGCUGUUCUCCAUUAAGUACUUUCCCAUCGUUUCGAGAUCUUGCUGUCUUGCUGUGCCACUAUAAAGUACUAGUGGCUGCUGUAACCAAGGAGAUGAAAACCAAAGCUUAUGAAACCCCUACUGUGAAAAUAGAGGGGAGGUCAGGAGGUUACACACUAAUAGAGAAAACACAGAACCUUCAAGAGCAGAAGGAGAGUUUCCUGAGGAAUGGUACAACACCAACAUUUUAUCAUCAUGAACAUAUGAAGCAGAAUCCACCUGGAAAGUCAGCAGAGAUCCGCUUUGAUCUUCUGGGAGAAGCAGAAUUCAUCCUAAAUAAAGUUAAGCAGCAUUAUGGCAAUGGCGAAAGAUUCCUUAAUCAUAUGUUCGGCCCAUACAUUUCACAGGAACAAGCCAAUAACAUAUUAAUGGACUAUAUUAGGGAAAAUUCACUUCAAGAAUCUUUAAAUGUCUACUGGUCAAACAACAUGACCUGCAGUGCUCGAAUGGUGUGGUCAGGAUAUCGAAUGAAACUGAACAGACCUGAAUUUCGUCGUUAUGCUUUAUGGAUUAAUGGAUCGAAUGAAAAUCCAUUUCUUCGCACAAAAGGCAUGCUCUGCCUUCUUGAUCACGAAAUCGGCACACAUUUUCUACGAACAUACAAUGAUGGUCUACAGCCUUGGUAUUCGGACAGGGGGCGUUUUGGAUUGCGUAAUGCACAAGCUUUAGAGAGUAUGUGUUCAGAAGAGGGCUUAGCUGCAAUCAACACUGCAAUUAGGUCAAGAGAGCCAUACCUGUGGCUGAAUGCUUUGAAAUACUAUGCCGCUUGCAAGUCGACUGAGUUCAAUUUUACAGAGCUAUUUGAUCAUCUGGAAAGGUUUUUACAGAAUCCUGAACAAAGAUGGAAGAUGGUAAUGCGUAUCAAAAAGGGCCUGGAAAAUCCCAAUGACUUAGGUGGUCAUGGUGGAGACCAAUGCUACUUUGAAGGUGCAGUGAAAAUCUUGCGCAACCUGGAUGCAAUUGACUUUACAGUUCUGAUGAGCGGGAAGAUCUGCUAUGAUGAGGUAUCUCGGAUUAAGCGUGUGGUUCGCAGAGAGCUCAUAAAGCUCCCGGUCUUCAUGCACAACAUGAAGGAGUACUUGAGAAAGCUGCAAAAAAUGAAGGUGCUGAAUGGCCUUAACCUCUCUCAUCCUCACUAUCCAGUCCCCAAUUCCUACUUUCUGCGUCAAAAGGUGAUUGAAAGCCAAAAGAAUCCCGUUUCUCGAAAGUUCCCUGUUUGCUGGCCUCUGUAAGAUAAGAAAAUCAAUUGUCUCAAAACGGCUGAUUCUCCACCAGCAAGUAAGCCUUACAACAUCACCUUCCCAUCACUGUUAGAAAACAAAGGGAAACUCACUCAUAACCUAGAUGAAUUAUCAUCAUCAGAAGUGGUCAUCAUGCAGUUUGACAGUGUGGCCUGUGCCACCAUAGACGUAGAUAGAUCUGGAGUCAUCAAAAGCUUGUAGCUCACAGACAAAAACAUACUUUUUGCUCAGAUUUUAGAAAUUAGCUUGAGUAAAUUAAAUGCACUCAUUUGCAAAUAAUUUUGGACUUGGGCUACCUUUAUACAAUAAUUUUCAUUACAGAAAACCUAAUAGGGAGUUGCUCUUUAUUUCAUGACUGAAAUGAUUAUGUCAUCAAAACAGUGGCAUUUUUUCAUUCUAGAAACAUGUACAUCACUUACAUUUCUCUUUUUCGUAAGCUAUUUAUUUAAGAUAAAUGCAUAUAAUAUUCAGUUAAAAUAAUUCUUUUCUUUUUACUAGCAUCUGGGUAACAUUAAAUAAUGGUCAAUGGCCAAUAAAAAAUUUUAUGAAUGACUUGGUAUCAGAUUUCAAAUGUUACAAUCUUGUCCUCCCCCUUUUCUAGCACAUGGUUGUCUUUUUGGUAAUAUGAGUGGGGGGAAAAUUCUACAUUUUCAGUGAUAUCAGACCUUUAGAACAGUACCAUAUUGUGCAUUUAGACAUGAAAGAGCUUUAUUGAAUUUAAACAUUUUAGCAUGCAUGGGAUUAGGAUUACAGCUUAGGUUAGGGUUAGUUUUUCUACUGUUACAAAUACUUUAGAUAUCAUUUAUCCUCAGGAAGAUUCUUCUAUAUUAUAUAGUAUACAUUUUUUAAAUUAUAAGGUUUAAAUUGAAAAGAUCUCAUCUUUGUGACAGCCUAAUGUGUUUCAUUGACACAAUGUUUUUGUGGAGCAAAAAUCUUUUGCACAAAACUUAAUGAGAAAAAGCAGUAUUUGAGGAGCAUUUAGGAGCAAGUUAUGCACUGUACUUUACUGGGAAAAGGACAAAGAAUAAGACUUAACAAAAUAAGAAUGUCUAGUCAUAAAGUUUACCUCUUCCAAGUUUCUUAUUCAUACACUGAGUGUAUGUGGUUUUUCAACUGAAGUGCUUUGUCAGCUUAUACAUGACUGUACAAGAGAAGAUUUCUUCAAGAAUUUUGUACCCAAGAAAAUAUUGUUUGUAAUUGUGAGCAUAUUAUAUGAGACCAAAGUAAGCAGGUCACAGACUGGCAUUUAUUUACAUUUAUUUAUAUCAGUUCUAAAUUUUUUUAAAAAAUCAUUUGAUAUAUAUAUAUUUAAACACAAGCAGCACUGGUCUUGCUAGAAAUGAGCACAAAUCAAAUGUUUUGCAUACUUUCAAGAGAUACCAAAGACAGUCGUUGAAAUACUGAAAAUCUUGAUAUGUUGUGUUAUAAUGUGCCACAGUGCCAAAAUGUUAUGUGAUGUACAACCACAAGAACUAUGGAUUGUUUAUUGUUGUUUACAUGUUUUUAAGGUUCAGCUGUAACUAAUGUGAUCAAGUUUAAGAGCAUUACUCAUGUUUUGUUCAUUUCAAAGGUGUUUUUGAUAGUGAAUAAUGAUCCAAUGUAAUGAACAAAAGUGUCUUUUUGAAUUUUAAUAUUUUUUAAUAAUCAAUCAAAUAAACAUUUAAAGAUAAA